AUGAGCCUGGGAGCAGCAGUGGCAGUGUCCACCAGAGAGCCCUUGAUAGGUCAUGUCCUGGACCAGAAUGAGCAGAAGUGGGACCUGGAGGGGGUGAUGAGGCAGGUUGUUGCUGGCACCACCACCAUUGAGGAGGAUCAGUUGGGAAUGGGCAUCAGCUGGGAAAUGUUGACCAGGGUGAAAAACCUGGAGGGGAAGCCCAUCAACAAAGUGAUUGUGCACCAAGCACUUGUCAAGAAGCUCAAGGAACAGGAAUGGACCAUUGCCAAGAUGGAGUUGCUGGACAUGAGGAAACAGAUGAGGGGCCUGUGGUGGCACAAACUGGUGAGCAGAGUUUUGGCACUUGAAUGGCAAGGCAGCACCUUGGCAGCAAUGGUUGGGGCCAGUGGUGCACUGGCAGUUCCUCAAUUGGCCUUUCAGACUCAGGCCUGGGCUCACAUACAUAAUAGUUGCAAAAGAUAG